AUGGCUUUCCCCAACAGAGAGCUAGAGGAUUACUGGAAUGAGUUCAGAAAUAUAGAGACUGACCACCACAGCGAUGAUGACGAGUUGUCGAAGACGCCAGAUGAAGGGGAAGUUGAUGCCGAGUGGUUGGACGCUGCUGGUUUCAGCUUUGUGGUCAGCAAGUUUCAAGAGACACCAUGUCACAUGUCACUAUAUCACAGAGCUGCAUUUCUCAGUAAUUAUUGUCACUGUGACGUGACUUGUCUGGUUCAAACAGAUGGGAGAGACCUGUCAGAUGACGAGCUGGAGACAAUGACCGACACACUGACACAGGUCCAGGCCGAGGCUGUCAGGAAGCGCAUCAGUGCCCUCAGCACUACCAUGCGCAGGAAGCACAAGGGCAGUAAAGUCCAUGUCAAGGACAUAUUUACCACCUCCAGUGACCCCCGACAGACACAUCCUGUGGAGUCUCACUUACCCGACCCACAUCGAGUGGAGCUCCCUGCUUUUGAGCCCAAACUGGAUCCUUUAGGUGUGACCUUGAUAGGUGACCUUGCUGAAUGUGACAUGUGGAGAGUCAAAGCCCUGGCUCACAUUGAACUCACAGCCUUGUUUGAUGAAUAUAACAUCAUGUACUCCAGGGCCAAGCGAAGGAAAAAGGUCAAAGAUCAUGGAAUAUUUGGGGUGCCCCUCGACAUUUUAGUGGAACGGGACCAAAAGAGGACGCCUGGAACCAAAGUCCCGGUGGUGUUUCAAGUGAUGAUCAACUUCCUGGAGAAAGAAGGUCUGAGAACUGAAGGUAUUCUGAGAAUGUCAGGGGCAGAAACCAGAGUUAAGCAACUUCGGCAAGAUCUGGAGGAGAAAUUCUACCAAGGCCUCUUCUCUUGGGGGGAUGCUGGUCCUCACGACGUGGCAGUGUUGUUGAAACAGUUUCUCCGGGAGCUGCCUGCACCUCUUCUCUCCUACAGCUACCUCGAGGCAUUUCCCCAAAUUAGCAGUAUUCCUAAAAUUCUGGAGCAGCUCAAAGCUUUAAAUUUGUUGAUUCUAUUGUUGCCAAAUGAGCACAGGAACACACUCAAGGUACUACUUCAGUUUUUACGAAAUGUUGUAUCUCAGAGCAACUACAAUAAAAUGGGACUUAAAAAUGUGGCCAUGAUAAUGGCUCCAAAUUUGUUCCUAGCGCCCUCUAGUGGCAAUAAGGACAAGGAAAAGAUUAACCUUGAACUUGAACUCAAGAAAGCUGCGGAGACAUCUACCAUUGUGAAAAUGCUGGUCCAUUACCAGGAUGUUUUGUGGACGAUUCCUCCAUCAUUCAUAGCUCAGAUACGAUACCAGUAUGCCCUGGAGUAUCAUAGGAAAAACAGAACAUCGAAAUUGCCCUGGCGGAAAGAUAAAGACCGAUCUGACAUCUUCAAGCGGUAUCCAGUGACUUCUGAUCCAUACGACCAUCAGGAUGGAGUGAUCCGAGUACAAGCUCCACAUCUGACGAAGAGUUCGACACUCAUUCAACUAGACAGGAACACAACUGCUGCAGACGUCGUAGCCAAGUUUAAACUGGGAGAUGACUCCUUGAGAACAGACAAAGACGGUCACAGAACUAUCGGAAAAGUUGAGGAAACAAAUGGACACACGUACAGAAAUCCCAACAACGCACAGUAUGCACAUGACUCGGACUACUUGUAUGAAGUUGGAGGAAAUAUUUCAGAACGAUGUCUAGACCCUCGCACCAAAGUUCUGGACUUGUACCACGUAAACCCACUGGCUGAUUGGGUGAUCAAGAAACGAGAAGGGAGGCCGCAAAUCUACUUUCACAUUGCUCACUGA